AUGCCCUCGAUCCUCACCGAUGCCGACAAGGAAACUGUCAAGCGACAGGUGCCCAAGCCUGCCAACAAGAUCCUAGCCGUAGCUGUCGCACGACUCUACGUUGCCCACCCCGAUCCCCAAAGAUGGACAUAUACCGGCGUACAGGGUGCGGUGGUGCUCUGCAAUGAUCUGGUCGGACGCACAUUCUGGUUAAAAAUUGUCGAUGUCUCGCCAGCUGGAAAGGGAGUGAUUUGGGACCAGGAAAUCUACGAUAAUUUCUCUUACAACCAGGACCGCACGUUCUUCCAUACUUUCGAGCUCGAGGACUGCCCGGCGGGUUUGUCUUUCGCCGACGAGAAAGAGGCCAAGACGUUCAUUAAGAAGGUGCAGGAGCGUGAGAAGCAUGCGAGCAAGGAAACCAGCAAGACUCCCUUCGCGUCCUCUCGUGGCCAAGGACCUGCACCAGUUACCAAUGGCAAAGGACCUGGCCGGUCCCUGUUCGGUAGUCUGUUGCAUCGUUCGAGCGCUGCCCCGACUGCGACUCCACCUUCAGCUCCUGCGCCAUCAAUACCAGUUGGACCACCUCCCACUUUAGCCCCAAGCGCACCGCCAGCCAAGGGAGAUCUGCCAUUUGACAUCAACGAUCCAACACAAAAGGGACUCUUGGACGAGCUCUUACAGAUGGGCAUCACAGAAGAUCAAAUUGCCGACAACUCUGACUUCAUCAAGUCCUGGAUUGCCCAGAAGCAGACCGCAGCUGGCGAGUCUCCUGCAGCCGGUGACCAGAACAAACCACGCGCGCCUCCGCCACCCCCUCCUGGUGCCCCCAAGUUGACUACAAUCAGUCCCCAGGGUACAGGAACUAGCUCGGCAAGCCGACGUGGACCGCCGCCGCCUCCCCCGACACGGAAAGGGCGAGCUGAGACUGCAGAGGAAGCUGUUUCCUCUCCGCCUCGUGAACCAUCUCCACCACCAGCGCCAACCCGUAUGUUCCGAGCACCCCCUCCAAUCGCAGACGCUGGCAAGUUCGCCGAGCCUGCCGGACAUGCACCACCGCGGCGGCCACGGGCGAUAUCAAAUGCCACUCCAGGCCCGCCGCCGCCCCCACGGCCUCCCAAGACGCCAAUGGAAGAUGGCUCAAGCCAGCCUUCGGGUCGAUUUGGAGUCCCUCCUCCAUUCGCUGGCGAACGCAAGGUCUCCGCACCACCUGCACCUCCAAGUCGCAGCCCCGUUCCUGGUGGACCUCCACCCCCGCCGCCUCGUACAGCAAGUCCAGCAGCACCACCCCAGCUUCCCCCUAAGGUCCCCACUACGGGUGCACCGACUGGUCUUCCUCCCCCACCCCCAGCUCGAGCUCCGGUUUCUCUGCCUCCGCCGCCGGCACCUCGCCCUGUACCAUCUUCUCCUGCAGCUGCUCCUCCCGCUCCACCUCCGCCGCCGCCCAGAGGACCUAUUUCUCCUGCGACAACCUCCACGAUACCCCCAGGACCUCCCCCGCCACCCCCUGGCCGUUCUGGACCUUCUGUUCCGCCGCCUCCGCCACCUCCUGGGGCAGGAUCUGGGGCGCCCGGUAUACCUCCACCUCCACCACCCCCAGGAGGGUUUGGAGGCCCACCCCCUCCGCCUCCACCCCCAGCUCGUUCUGGGCCUGCAGUUCCUCCACCCCCACCUCCACCAGGUGGUUCUUCAGGAGGGCCCCCUCCCCCUCCAGCGCCACCUGGUGGUGCUCCUCCAUUGCCUAAGGCUACCGGUGGAAGAGACGAUCUUCUAGCAGCUAUUCGUGGCACUGGUGGUGCAGGCGGAGGAGGUUUGAGGAAGGUCAGGGAUUCUGACAAGAAGGACCGAAGUGCAGCGAUGGUUCCGGGAAGCGCGGCCGAAUCAUCUGCUGCAGCUACUAGCUCCGGCGGAGGUCCACAGGGCGGAUUGGCUGGUGCCUUACAAGAUGCAUUGAACAAAAGAAAACAGCGGGUCAGCGGCAGUGAUGAUGAGAAGGAUGAUAACGAUGACUGGUGA